AUGGGUUCGUCGGUGCGAUCGACGCCGGCGCCGAGCGCGUCGACGGCGCGCGCGCAUCAGCAGCGACGAAGCGUGCAGCGCACGCGCGUCAUCAGCGCGGCGUACGCGAAUGAAAAGGUGGGGGAUUUCCCGAGCCUGGAGUUCCGAUGCUUCAUCAAGGACGAGGCGCAGAACACCGUGAGCGCGUGGCACGGCGUUCCGCUCAAGAACGCCGACGGAACGUUCAACUUUUUGUGCGAGAUCCCGAAGGAGACGAAGGCGAAGAUGGAAGUGGCGACGGAUGAGAAGUUGACCCCGAUUAAGCAAGACACGAAGAAGGGCAAGCUUCGCGAUUAUCCGUACAACAUCAACUGGAACUACGGCAUGUUACCGCAAACGUGGGAAGAUCCCAAGCACGAACACCCGACGAUGAAGGUUUCGGGCGACAACGAUCCGGUUGACGUCGUGGAGAUCGGUUCCAGCGCGUUGGCCAUGGGUUCGGUGACGCCGGUGAAACCCGUGGGCGUUUACGCCAUGAUUGACGAUGGUGAGCUUGACUGGAAGGUGAUCGCGAUUAGCGUCAACGACCCGAAGGCGAGCGACAUCAACGACGUCGCCGACGUCGAAAAGCACUUCCCGGGCGAACUCGAAAAGAUUCGCGUGUGGUUCCGUGACUACAAGACUCCGGACGGUAAGCCACAAAACAAAUUCGGUUUGGACGACAAGUGCAUGGAUAGAGCGUACACGCUCGGCGUCAUCGAAGAGACGCACCACUUCUACAACGAUUUGGUCUCGGGCAAGCGCGCGAACGACGAAGAGCUCUCGCUCGCUUAG